AUGGCUGAUAAUCGAUUUUCAACUCGAACUUUUGAAAAUUCAAAUUUUAACCGUAACAAUGGAAAUACAAAUAACUUUCAUUUCGACAAUAACUAUAACGAAAGCAAUCAUUCUGAACAAUAUAUUCCACAUGUUUCUGAUGAUUGGGAUGUUGAAACUCGUGAAAAUGAACAAACUAAUACAAAACAAUGGUCACAAUCAGCAUAUCACUCGAAAGAUAGUAAUUCUACUCGUUCUUUUCCAGAUGUAACACGCUCAUUAAAUCAACUGAAUCGUAGUAAUAAUAGUAAUUUUGGAGCAAGAAUUUCACAGGAUUAUGUAAUUCAUACGAAUGAUGUACCUCGUUUGAUUGGUAAAGGUGGUGAAACAAUUAAGCAAAUACAACGCGAAUAUGAUGUACAGAUUAAAGUUUCAAAUGCUCGUGAAAAUCAAUGGGCUGAUGUAAUUAUAUCAGGGUCAAAUGGUCAAACUAUAAGAAAUGCUUAUGAUCAUAUUACUCAUCAUAUAGGUACUAUGAAAGAGAAAAAUGAAUUUUCUCAAUCAAAACCAUUGUUUGAUACAGAAUCGAACAAACAUAAUGCAAAUACAUUUUCAUUUUCAACAUCAAAUGGAAAUAGUUCACGAGACACAAAUAGUUUUUCUUCGUCGACAAAUCAAAACAAUUUUCGAAAUGAUAAUAAUACUUAUUUUCAUAGUGCUAAUCGUGGUUUCAAUGAUUGUAACAGAGCAUUUACAGGUUCAUCAAACAAUCGAGAUGCCAAGCAAUCUUCAUUUUCUCGUUCUCAAUUUGGAAAAUCAUCAAAUCGUCGUUGUGCUCCAGCUGGUGUUGAAGACGAUGACUAUGAUGCAUUGUUUGGUUCCGAUGAAGAAAAAUCAAAUGAUGUCAAAGUCAAACAAGAUAAAUAUAAUGUUACUUCUGCUUGUCCUCCAGCUUCCAUAUGGAAUAUAAAUAAUACUGAUCCAACUAAACGUGUCGAUUGGGCAAAAAUGCGUCGUACUGAUACAGCAAAUGACAUGUCGAAAUGGAAAGAGUUUCCACCAGUUAUUAAGGAAUUUUAUCAAGAAUUGCCUGAUAUAGCUCAAAUGUCCAUUGAAGAUGUUCAAGCAUUACGUGCUGAAAAAAAUAAUAUUGUUGUUUCGUGGUUUGAUUCAUCAACGAAAGAUAAUCAUGAACCAAAUUCUAAUUGUAAAUUAAGUAUUCCAAAUCCUAUCUACGAAUUCGCUCAUUCUUUUCAUAAUUACGGUGAUAUCAUGAAUGAAAUAGCUAAACAAGGUUUUGUUGAACCGUCACCUAUACAAUGUCAAGCAUGGCCCAUUGCUUUAAAAGGUUAUGAUUUCAUUGGUAUUGCACAGACUGGUACUGGAAAAACACUUGCAUUUCUCUUGCCCGCUCUUAUUCAUAUUGAUAAUCAACCAAAAUGUAAGCCUGCAAUACAAGGUCCUAAAGCAUUGAUUCUUUCACCAACACGUGAGUUAGCAAUUCAAAUUCAUCAAGAAGUACAAAAAUAUAGCUAUCGUGGUAUUCGAAGUGCUGUAAUUUAUGGCGGUAGUAGUCGUAAAAAUCAAAUAUUUCAAUGUGAAUCUGGUGUUGAAAUUAUCAUUGCAACACCUGGUCGUCUCAAUGAUCUGGUCAUGAGUAAUGUUAUCGAUCUUCGAUCUGUUACUUUUUUGGUACUUGAUGAAGCCGAUCGUAUGUUAGAUAUGGGUUUUGAACCACAAAUUGUUAAAAUACUUCUGGAUAUAAGACCUGAUCGACAAACAAUUAUGACCAGUGCAACUUGGCCUGAAGAUGUACGACGUAUUGCUGCACGCUACAUGCGUAAUCCUAUUCAAAUAUAUGUUGGAACACUAGAUCUAGCGGCUGUACACAGUGUUCGACAAGAUAUUGAAAUUGCUAAAGAAGAAGAAAAAUUUGAUCUACUAUUGGAUUUUAUUGGUCGUAUGGAUGCAGAAGAUAAAAUGAUUGUUUUCGUUGAUCGGAAAUCAACAGCUGAUGCUAUUUCAAGUGAACUUAUUCGAAAGCAUAUCUCUUGUCAAUCCAUUCACGGGGAUCGCGAGCAAUCUGAUCGUGAGCAAGCUCUUGAAGAUUUGAAAUUAGGCACUGUGAGCAUUCUUAUUGCUACUGAUGUAGCUUCACGUGGCUUAGAUAUUCAAGAUAUAACAGUUGUCUUUAAUUAUGAUUUACCAAAAUCAAUGGAAGAUUAUGUUCAUCGUGUUGGACGAACUGGUCGUGCUGGUAAAACAGGGUAUGCUAUUUCAUUAGUUACUCGAGAAAAUUGGGGUAGUGCUGGUCGUCUUAUAAAAAUUUUAGAAGAAGCUGGACAAAAUGUACCAGGCGAAUUACGAGAAAUGGCAGAGCGCUUCAAAACAAUGCAAGAUCGAAAACGUGAUUUUCCCGGUGCUCGUAAUCGUUAUGGUAAUCGUGAUAAUGAUGGAGAGGGUCGAUUUUUUGGUUUAGGCUCUUUCAACUCACGAGGUGGUCGGAAUGGACGAGAUCGUGAAAAACCACCAGUCAUGAAUUCGGGUUGGACUUUUUCUUCUUAG